AUGAAGUUCACGCAAGGGAUGUGGCGGGUGCGAGAGGGCAUACAACAUAACUGGAUCGGGCACUGUGAGAGCGUCACCCAGACAGACAGCGAAGUCAAGCUUCUAUUGACUCAACCACAACACAGACGUGGCGAUCAGCUCAACAGGGGAACACUGACCGCCAGCAUCCGCGCACCUCUGGAGGGCAUCACGGCCGUCAAGUUAAUUCACUGGGAUGGCGCCGACGACGUUGGCCCGCAUUUCCAACUCAAUGAGUCUCCUAGCCCAGUCAACAUCACUCACAAGCCCAAAGAGAGCCUCGACUUCUCUACAGGACCUCUCUCCCUUAACAUCAACACCGCCCCAAACUCCCUCGCCUUCACUUACACCUCAACCAACCCCGCCCGGAAACUCACCAGCCACUCCUUCCGCUCCCUAGCUUUCGUCCACUCCAGCAACUCCCCGACCUACCGCACCAGCGACGAGCUCUACGCCGAGAAGGACACCUACAUCUUGUUCAGCCUCGACCUCUCCGUCCACGAGAAGCUCUACGGCCUGGGCGAACGGUUUGGCCCAUUCGUCAAGAACGGCCAGUCCAUCUCCAUCUGGAACGAGGAUGGCGGCACAUCGUCUGAGCUCUCGUACAAGAAUAUACCUUUUUAUGUUUCUUCGAGAGGGUAUGGCGUAUUCAUCAAUACGCCUCACAAGGUCAUGCUUGAGAUCCAGAGCGAGCGGACGACACGGGUCAAUAUUGUUGUCCAGGCUGAAAGUGUCGAGUAUAUGGUCAUUGCGGGCGGUGAGGCUGGACUCAAAGGCGUGCUGGAUCGAUACACUGCUCUCACUGGCCGACCGGGUCUGCCUCCGGCGUGGAGCUAUGGGCUGUGGCUGACCACGAGUUUUACUACGACGUACGACGAGGGUACGGUGACAAAAUUCGUGGAGGGCUUCAAGGAGCGGGAUAUCAAGCUGGGGACUUUCCAUUUUGACUGCUUUUGGAUGAAGGGCUUUCACUGGUGUGAUUUCGAGUGGGAUGAGGACAACUUUCCUGAUCCGGCGGGGUAUAUCAGGCGGCUGAAGGAGAAAUUCGGCUUGAGGAUCUGUGUCUGGAUCAAUCCGUAUAUUGGACAGGCGAGUCGGUUGUUCAAGGAGGGAAAGGAGAGGGGCUACUUCGUGCUGCGUGCUGACGCCCCGAAUGGGCGCAAGGUGGUCUGGCAAUGGGACAACUGGCAGGCGGGCAUGGCGCUUGUUGAUUUUACGAAUCCGGACGCUAGGUCUUGGUAUGUAGGCAAGCUGCAGGGUCUGAUGGAUCUGGGUGUCGAUGCCUACAAAACUGAUUUCGGCGAGAGGAUACCUUUUGACAGCAAGAAGGUGAAGUGGUUUGAUGGUAGUGAGCCGGAGGGCAUGCAUAACUACUAUGCUCUGAUGUAUAAUCAGGCUGUUUUUGAGGGUAUGCAGAGCCAUGGAAGUGAGCGACCGUGUUUGUUCGCCAGGAGUGCUACGACUGGUGGUCAGAAGUAUCCCGUGCAUUGGGGUGGAGAUUGUGAGAGCACGUUCGAGGCGAUGGCGGAGAGUCUGAGGGGUGGGUUGAGUCUGGGCCUGUGUGGAUUUGGGAGUUGGGCACAUGAUAUUGGUGGGUUUGAGGGGCUCCCUGAUCCGGUGUUGUAUAAGCGGUGGGUGCAGUUUGGUUUGCUGUCGAGCCAUUCGAGACUGCAUGGGUCGAGCUCGUAUCGCGUGCCGUGGAUGUUUGAGGAGAAGUAUCCGGGUGAGGAUGAGAAGUGCAGUAAGGUGCUUAGGGAAAGCGUGGAUCUGAAGCUGAGUCUCAUGCCGUACUUGUUGAGGGUGGCAUUUGAGGCCGCUCAGAAGGGUCUGCCGGUCAUGCGAGCGAUGUUGCUGGAGUUUCCGGACGAUGAAAAUGUCUGGACUGUCGACACGCAGUACAUGCUAGGUGAUGCGCUGUUGGUGGCGCCUGUGUUUGAUAGAGACGGUUGGGUCAGAUUCUACGUGCCGCGAAGUGGCAAAGGCGGAGGUGGAGCGGUCUGGCGAAGCUGGUUCGAUGGGGCGAAGACAUACGAGGAAGGACGAUGGUAUGAGGAGAAGCACGACAUGGACACGCUGCCUCUGCUAGUCCGACCAGGAGUCGUGGUCCCUAUCAACAAGAAGCUGAAAGAGUUCGAUGGAGACGUCCGCGAUGGGCUUGAGCUGCUUGUGAACGGGCCACUGCCCGAAUCGGUUGAAGUACAGCUCGUUGAAUCUGCUGAAGUUGGUUCAAUUGCGGCAUCUGUUGAGGUUGGUGUAGAUCUGAAGGUCAGGGGCGUGGAUGAUGUGAGCGUACAGAAGCUUGAGUAG